AUUUGUUUUUCCUUUUCUCCUUCUCGUAGGUAUGGCCUCACAUGUGCAGGUUUUCUCCCCUCACACCCUUCAAUCAAGUGCCUUCUGUAGCGUGAAGAAACUCAAAGCGGAGCCGAGCUCCAGCUGGGACAUGACCGGGUACGGCUCCCACAGCAAAGCGUGUAGUCAGAGCAAGAACGCGCCGCCUUCUCAGCCAGCCGCCACCACCGUCAGCACCUCCUUGCCCAUCCCAAACCCAAGCCUGCCUUACGAGCAGACCAUCAUCUUCCCAGGAAGCACCGGGCACAUCGUCGUAACAUCAGCAAGCAGCACUUCUGUCACUGGGCAAGUCCUCGGCGGACCACACAACCUAAUGCGUCGAAGCACUGUGAGCCUUCUCGAUACCUACCAAAAAUGUGGACUCAAGCGGCAGAGCGAGGAGAUUGAGAACACGAGCAGCGUGCAGAUCAUCGAAGAGCACCCCCCCAUGAUUCAGAAUAAUGCCAGCGGGGCCACUGUAGCCACUGCCACCACGUCGACUGCCACCUCCAAAAACAGUGGCUCCAACAGCGAAGGCGAUUACCAGCUAGUCCAGCAUGAGGUGCUGUGCUCCAUGACCAACACUUACGAGGUUUUAGAGUUCUUGGGCCGAGGGACGUUUGGGCAAGUGGUCAAGUGCUGGAAACGGGGCACCAAUGAAAUCGUGGCCAUCAAGAUCCUGAAGAACCAUCCGUCCUAUGCCCGACAAGGUCAGAUUGAGGUGAGCAUCCUGGCCCGCUUGAGCACAGAGAGUGCUGACGACUACAACUUUGUCCGGGCCUACGAGUGCUUCCAGCACAAGAAUCACACGUGCUUGGUCUUUGAGAUGCUGGAGCAGAACCUCUAUGACUUUCUGAAGCAAAACAAGUUUAGCCCCUUGCCCCUCAAGUACAUCCGCCCGGUCCUCCAGCAGGUGGCCACAGCCCUGAUGAAACUGAAGAGCCUGGGUCUUAUCCAUGCUGACCUCAAACCAGAAAACAUCAUGCUGGUGGAUCCAUCUAGACAACCGUACAGAGUCAAGGUCAUCGACUUUGGUUCAGCCAGUCACGUGUCCAAGGCCGUGUGUUCCACCUACUUGCAGUCCAGAUAUUACAGGAAAAGCUGCUGCUUUACAUUUGAAGAUAUUAAGUGAAACAGCCAACCCGCUGACGGUCGCAUUCUCCGGGGAGAUGGUGGAAAGUGCGCGAGGGCUUUUAGGGUUGCACCUAUUUUCCGAGGAGACGUAAUCAGUAAGUUACCUGGGUCAUUAGGUCGUCUUCAGUUUUCCCUGGCUCAUCUCUUGGACCUUGAGCUGUAGAGUGAAAUAAUUUAAAAUUAAACUUUUCUUUCCUAUGAAAUGAAGUUGGAAGCUGUGUGUAUUUGAGUGUCUCUCUGCCUGGGUGCCCCGGUCCCAACGCAUGCACUCAGAUAAGUCCGCGCAUGACACGCAGGCGUAGGUGGGCUUGCGAGCACCAUGGGGACAGAAGCUAACACUCAGCUCUAACAGAGGUGGCGACGUGCUUGGAUGCCCACCACGCAGAGGGAGAUACACACUCACACGCGACAAACGCGUGUGUAUAAGCAAGGACAGCACGCACACCUUUGGAGACAUUGAAAUACCUCACGCCUUCACAAGUCCCAUGAGCCAGCCCAAGGGACAGAAGGCUCCCAGCCACAGGUACAGAAGCAUGUUAAUGCUCCAGAAAGUUGGCCCAGUUUUCCGCCUCACUGCAGAGCCACCAAGCACGUCUCCCCGAACCCAAGGGCAGUAGGGCUGGAACCACUCUUCAGCUCGAGGUAUAUAUAAACCAGCCAUUUUUCAAGAGUGAUCCAAGGACCCUCCUGCCCCAGAACCACCCAGGUGCUUGUUAAAAAUGGAGAUUCCUGGGCUGUAAAACAAAUGUAAGGAACGGGCUCUCUGGGGGUGGAGCCAGUGACAUACAUUUAAACGAGGGCCACAGAUAACUACUUUUUCACUUUUGAGGUGUGAUGGGCAUACGAAAGCUGUACGAAUCUAAUGUGUGCACCCUGAUGAGCGUGGAGAUAAGUACACAUCUGUGAAACCAUCACCACAAUCUGCGCUUAACUUAAACAGACACAGCACCUCCAGAAGCUUUUCUCUUUUUUCGUCCCCGUCAUUAUUAUUCCUUUGAGAACUGCCGCUGCAGACGGCUUGGAUUCCGGAGUCCGUCGCCCACAGUGGGUGUAUUGCAGGGAGUACCCCGGCAAGGUGGGAGAAGCGGGGCCACUGGGGACAGUCGGGCAUCACGUAGUUGGGCUUUCAUCUGAGUGGUUGGCAGCCCCUCAUGGGGCCCGGUUGUUUCAUUACUUGUGGUCAGACCCCUUAUGCCCAAUGGCGGUGACAGUGAAGAUCCAGAAACAGUGAGUGUGGUAGGAGAGGUCGUGUGAGUUGGCGAACUGGCGAGUGGGUGGUUCGGAGGAGAACGAUUGGAGCUGGGAAAGCAGGCGAAUGACCGGAGAAUCAGCAUGCAUUACUCUCUGCGUGACCACGACGGCUGUAGCGCUCACUGCCGAGCAGGUACAGGCUCCCUGUAGCCACAGCUGCGUCUGGAGCUGUAAUCCUCACUGAUGCAUCGGACGAGUCAUUUUCUGAAUUCUGAAGAUGUGCCAGACCCUGUGCUUUUUGAGCUGAGGUUUCAAGAAUGAGUAAGAGUGCCCUUAGCUAUGCAGUUCUGCCCCAGUCUGUAAGGGAAUGAGCCGCGCCUGGGGAGCCGGCGGUCGGGUAUGCCAGCCACCUCCGUCCUCUUCCCGCCCAUCGACAUCUCUCGUUAAACCGGGAAGGCAGAGCCUGUCGCCCUUGAAUCGUGUUGCCCCUUCUCCUGGCUCUUUGGGCCACUCGUACAUUGUAAGUCUGGGGUGCUCUCUCCAGUAGAUGGGCCCUGUCCCUCCCGCCCUCGGCCUCCCAUGGCAGCGGGUCUCCGCAUCCCAGUUUGGGCCGCCCGUUCCCCCUCCUCUGGCAGCCUCCCCACAGAAGAAGGGGCGAGCUCCCAGCCACAGCUUUGCUGAGCCGGUGAUGUUUCCUGGGUCCCCUGCCCUCAUUGGCUGCUGGCCUACAGGGUCUGAAAGCUGACGAUCGAGGCUCUCGGCGUUAGUGUCAGGCUGUGGCCCUGGUUCCUGGGCACAGGUGGAGAUGGUGACAUUGUGGGUGCAAUUGCUUUAGGUUGGGUGUCCCCAAAAGCAGAGCCUGACACCGGAUGGAGACACACUGGGUGCAGGGAGUCUAACUGGGAGAUCUCAGGAAGCGGGA